CAUAACCUCCUUAAACUGUGGAGACAAUCAUAAGGCUUGGUACACCAAGUAAAAAGUAUUCAAAUUAGCAAGAAAUCUAAACAGAAUCAUGGCAAUGGAAAAUGUUGGAUAUAUCCAAGCAAAGAGAAUUAUUAAUGGCUGGAAAACACCAAAUAAAUGGUGGAAGCAUGGAAUAACGUUAUCAAGAAUAAUAGUUAUAGUAAUAAUAAAAAAGAAUUCCCUUACUUACCAACCAAAAGCAAUAAUGAAAUAACCAAAGACUGGGAUAAACCAACCCAAAACUCGCAAGCUGAAGUCCAAAAAAGUUGGGAAGUUGCCGUUCAAAAUAAAAAACCAAAUGUAAUAGAAGAUAAAACAAAUAACAGUGCAAAUUACUCCCAACAAACUUAUAAUAGAUCAUUUAGCCAAAAAACUAUUGCUCAAAGUCAACAACAUAGUGGAAUCGAAGAAACCACACAAGAGACUGACCUUGAAGUUGAUCAAAUCUUAAGGUAUAUUGUCAAUGCCGUAUGCCAUAUUGAUAAACCCAAAGAACUACUGAUGGAGCUAAUGCCAAUAAUUAAAAAACGAAUGUAUCCUUCAAGUCAUAACAACAAUGGCUAG